AUGCGUGCAAGUUCCAUUGAUAUUCAUCCAAAUGCAAAAUGGGCACAGAAUGGUAUCACUGUUGCUGGAGGAAAUGGAUGGGGUAGUAAAACCAAUCAACUCGAUCGUCCAUUUGGUUUGUACGUCGACGAUGAUCAAACGAUUUAUAUCGCUGAUUGGGGAAAUCAUCGUAUUGUGGAAUGGAAAUCUGGUGCAACGAAUGGAAAAGUAGUUGAUGGUGGAAAUGGAUAUGGAAGUGGAGCUCAUCAGUUAAACAACCCAAUAGAUGUGAUUAUCGACAAAGAGAGCGAUAGUCUCAUCAUAAGCGAUAGAG